AAACCAACUACUACUCUCCUGUGUUUUGCUGCAUAUAAAAUUCGUUCAAGCGCCUGCCUGAUCAGCUCAACUUUCUAUUGGUGCUUCGUUGUGCGGCCGCGCGAGAGCUAGCGAAAUGAGCCAGAGCCAGAGCCCGAGCCCGGUGGUGAAGCUGGGGACGUGGGGCGGCGAUGACGGGGUCGCCCACGACAUCACGGUGGCGCCGCAGCGGCUGGAGAGCAUCACCAUCCGCUGGGGCAAGGUCCUCGACUCCGUCGGCUUCACCUACAGGGACAAGGACAAGCAGCUGCACACCGCCGGGCCCUGGGGCGGCGCCGGAGGCGAAAAGGAAGACCCGGACACGAUCACCCUGGGGCCGUCGGAGUACAUAACCCAAGUCGACUGGUCGGUGGGGCCGUUCAAGCUCAAGGAGAUCGAGCUCUGCAUCACCUCGAUCAAGUUUGUGACCAACCAGGCCACCUACGGCCCGUUCGGGCACACGGUGGACAGCACGCACUACAGCCUGCCCGUGCUCAACAACGGCAGCGUCGUCGGCAUGUUCGGCCGCGCCGGAGACUACCUCCACGCCAUCGGCUUCUACGUCCUCCCCUUCUAAUUCACAACUCGAGAUCAGUCUCGCAUCUCGAGUUCCCAUGUUCGUUGGUCCCAUCCAUUGUUCAGCAUCUAAAUCGGACCAUAAAAGUCUUAUAUUUUGAGACAGAAGGAGUACUAGUUGCUUCGACAAAUCGGGUACCUGGCCCUGGCCGUUUGAAUAUUUGCAAUGUUGAAUCUUUGAAUUACAUGACAUAUGAAGUUCGAGAGAUUAAAAGGCUGUAUGUUCAAUAUUUUGGACACCGAUCAUGAAAAGAAACAUAAUUCUAAUAUCAAGUGAAUUUCACCUU